AUGGCACGGCGCACGGAGUCAAUCAUGCAUCAGCUUGUCCUGGCACUUUACAUGGCAUCAGCUGUCAUAGUUGCAUUAGAUACAACCACACAAUCCAGCACUGCUACAACCGAAGUAUCAACAACCUAUUCUUCUCAAACCACCCUCUCAAAAACACACGUUACGACCUCAGCAAGUGGUUCAACCACUACGAGCACCAUCCCACCAAUGACUCCAACACCCAGUAGCACAACGCAUCACACAACACAUUCUACAGUGGAAACAACAAUGACUGGACAAGUUGAAAAUACAACAGCUGGACCAUCUUCUACCCCCGAGUCAUCAUCAUCAACACCCACCCUAAAAACAACCACUCACGAUGAAUCCACAGUGGCUUCUACAAAAAUUCCUCUUACAUCUGUUGUUACUGGGUCUUCAGCUCACACCACAAGCAGUAUUAGCCCCAGCACCAAUAAUACUACACCAUCUACACAUACCUCACCAGCUCAAGCAACCAGCACCAACCCAUCAAUCGUAACACCUGGGCAUGGUCUCACGAGUUCUGGAGCUAUUACGACCUCUGAACCAGCUAUUUCAAGCCCAACCACCAGCUCAGAAACAACCGCUAACAAAGGGACUUCUAAUCACAAAGAACUUUCAACCUUCACCGCGAGCACCAUCAGCCCCAGCACCAAUGCUUCAACUCUGCUUCCAAACAUCACUUCAACUCAACCGAGCAACAAAACUACAACACAGAACUUUAUAACAACCCAACCAAGCAAUGGAAAUACUACACUGAAUUUUACCCCGGAUUCACCAAGCACGGAAUCUGCAACGUUCAACCUUAACAUGUCAUCGCCUUCCACCAGUCCAACCAUUACACCAAACGUUACCACGGCACAACUAAGCAAUGGCACUACAACAAUAAGCUUCGACACAUCACAACCAAUCAGUACAAUAAAUACGCCAAACUCUACCAUCAUCACACAACCAAGCAAGGCAACAACUCUGAACUUUACCGCGACACAACCAGACCAUGAAACUACCACACCAAACUUCACCACAGCCUCGCCAAGCAAAGAAUCUACAGUGGUGACAUCACCAAGCAACAUAACUACUGCACCCAACACCACCAUAACUACUGCACCUGAGACUACAACACCACCAACAACAUAA